CCGUGAGCAGUCUUCUGGGUAACAUGGAGACAACUGUGAUGGCCAGUGCUCCCCAGUCUCGUACUACUUCCAGAGCAGAUAUGGAAGAAAUGCUCUCUGAGGCAACAGCAGAGCACCCAGCGAAAACAAUGGCCUCUGCAAAAGUUGAGGCGAUUGCCGAUGAUUUGGUGGAAAAUGUCAUUGACAUGUGUAGUGAAAUGGAUUUAGCUGGCCAGCUACCACUACAUGACGAUCCUGAAGGUCCAUCAAAUGUUCCUGGAUCUGAUGAAAGCCUCACUGAAUCACAGACCCCUUCAGUAAAGGUUGAAGACCACAAGGUAAAGUCAAUUGUGAUGCAAGGAGGAACACUUGUGUCUCCUGGUGAGAAGACAGCUGAUGAGAAAAGUGUGAUCAAAGUGACCUAUGUUUUUGACUCAAAGACACCUUCCCCUAGAAGGAAACCUCAGCAGGCCACCAGAAGCACCUCUUUCCCUAACCUCUAUCUCACCCUUGCAGAUGGAGUUCUUGACCAGAUCAGCACAGAACUUUUCAAAUAAAUCCUGGCCCAAUCGGUGAGGAAUGAGGUAAGACACUCCGUCUCUUUGCCUCAGUUUGGAUCAGUGAACAUCGAAAGUGAGGACUGCUUGGAGAGAGAAAUUAUUGAGGAUAUGUUGAAAAGUUUAUCCAGAAAAUUGAGCAAAGACCAGGCCUGUCAGCUGACUGAGAAUGCUAAUGAGAAUGCUGUUUCACUCGGCCCCCAACUGGAGUUGCCGCCAAAUAAUUGAUCAUCGAAGUUCUGGAGCAGGUCAAGACUAAAAUGAUUGAUAUUAUUAGACAGAAUCCUCCCAACAGGGCAAUUUCCCCCAAGGAAAGCCAGACUGCCAUUAAUGCUGUGAGCAACAUUUUGGGAGGUAUGGGAACUUCCCUCAUGGCAAGUAACACACAGUUAAUUCCUGCUGUCACCGGACUUAAUCCCGACCUAGACAAUGUCACACACUUGGAGGCACAAUCAAACUCAACUGAAGGUUUUGAGGGAUAUCCAGGGAUCUGGAUGACAUCCCUGAAGAUGCAAUACAUUGCCUCAGGCCUCAUGGACACGAUCUAUGAUAACCAACUGGAUGAAGAUGGUGUCCUCCGACGGAGCGCUGGUGCAAAAACCUCACAGGAAGACCUUGAUUUUCAGAAGGUAAUUACUUCAAAAACAGCCUCCUCAGACAAUUGCAUUCCUGUCAAAAAAUGUCUGUCAAUGUCCUACCUUGAUGUUUUGAAGAAGCAUGAAGACACUGGCAACACUAGUCACCGUAGUAGAAGCCUUGAUUCUUUCUCCGUAAUUGGUGUACCUACUUCAACCUCAAAGGUUUCACACGGCACAGAAUUGAAACUGACUCCGUUGCCAAAGGUUGUCUCUGCAUCAUCCUCACUCUAUGCAAUGAGUAACUGUUCAAGCCCGUUGGAGUAUACCUCCAGUGAGUCUGAUAUCCCUAUUGACAAAGAGGCAUAAAUGAUUUAUUCUACAGACGAAGAAUAUGUUUGGUCCAAAUCCCCAGUACCAAUCCUCCUGACCUCCCUCCAAAUCAGUCUUCAAUGUCUCCGGCCUUGUACCUACUCCUCCAGAGGGAGAGCCUAAAGUGAGGCUGCCAUGGUGCCCAAUGCGCCGCCUCUGGAAGGUUCCGAAGCAGCCCCCCAACAAUUUGCACGUUUACAGGAAUCCUCUUAAUUUCCCCACUGAGACUAUGCGAUCGACCAGUCCAUCACCAUCGAGGAUGACUCCCCAACUCCAGAGGAGGCCCAGAGGCCAAGAGCCCAAAAGUCACUUCACACAAUAUCCAUCAUGGAAUACGAAAAUGUAUCCGGUGUGGAAAGAUGAAGACCCUCGCUACAAAGACUCUUGGAAAGGUGGCAAGGUGAAGUUCAUUGUGGGUAAUGACGCACCGACCCUGACUGCAGCCAAGGUGACCUUUACCAUCGAGCUGCAGUUCCCACACAACCAGAAGGUCAUGCCUGACGGAGAGGUGGUAUGGGCCGAGAACUGCACCGUCAAUGGAACACACUACCAUCAGUCUGAGCUAGUGUAUCCUGCACAGAACACGGAGUGGAACGGAGUCUUUCCCGACGGCACACCCUUCAAGAAGGGUGGUGACAAACCCCCUCCGUAUGUGUUUGUAUGGAAAACAUGGGGUCAGUACUGGCAGGUGUCUGAUGGCCCCUCCUCCUCCCUCACCAUCGGGACAGACAAUGUCCCUCUGGGCUCCUACAUCGUGGACAUUGUCAUCUACCACUAUCGCAGCCACGAGAAGUUCAUCCCUCUGGGAUAUGCCUCCACACAGUUCUCCAUCACUGAUCAAAUCCCCUUUGCCGUCUCAAUGACCCAAGUGAACGACAUCAACGAGGCAGACCUGAGCUUCGUCCAGAACAGAGCGAUAGCAUUCACGAUCAGCCUCCACGACCCCAGCGAGUACCUGAGUGACGCUGACAUCACAUACAACUGGGACUUUGGUGACAGCAGCGGAGCUCUCAUCUCCAGAGAGCUGACUGUCACCCAUACCUACAUAGUGGCUGGUGGCUUCAAGCCCCAGGUUGUUGUACAGGCCGUUAUCCCUGAUAAAGCAUGUGCCACACCAGCUGGUGUUAUCCCCACUGGUAACGCUGUCACUGUAGGGCCUGCAAACCCGGCAGGCACAACAGUGAGCGCUCCUGUUGCGGAUGCAUCAGCUGCUCCAGUAAUGGCGGCCACACAGGGAGUUACAAUAAACGUAGGCCCAUCAGCCCCUGCUGAGACUGACACAGAGGAGGACAUGACUGAGGUGGGAGUCUCCACCGCUCAGCACACAAAGACACCUUCUCCAGUCAACCCUGACACCCCAACUGUCUCUGCUGGUUUAGCAACAGCUGCUUCUGAGGAAGUAGAGCCAGCAGGGGAGACUGCUACGGCCCAAGCUCCCGUGGUGAUAGUUGUUAAGCGUGAAGCAGGUGACAAACCCAAGGAUGAUGACUGUGUGAUCUAUCGCUAUGGGUCCUUCUGCACUGGCAUUGACAUUGUUGAGGGCAUUGAGAGUUUGAAGAUAGUGCAAGUGGAUAAUGCUCUGAUCAAGACUGAUGAAUCUGAGGUUGAACGAAAUGUAGUGGAUCUAACUGUCACCUGCCAUGGGAGCCUUCCCACAGAGGUGUGUACAGUGGUGUCCGAUGCAGACUGUCUGAUGCCCGUCCACACCAUGUGUAACACAGUGGCGCCCUCUUCUGAGUGCCAGCUAGUACUGCGUCACUUUUUCAAUGACUCUGGCAUCUUCUGCAUCAAUGUGUCCAUGACCAAUGAUGUCAGUCUGGCAGUCACCAGCGCCAAAGUUAGCGUGACCGUGGGUUCCGGUCUGUCCUCAGCGGGCACUGCAGCCAUGGUGAUGGGGGUCCUGAUCGUUGCUCUGGUCGCUGGAUCUGUGGCCUACACUUACAAACGGUUCAAAGCCUACCGUCCUCUGAAGGAGGAGUCUGUGGUUGGCUCCUCCUCCCAGAGCGCAGAGGGCAGUUCUGGUUGGAGCUCUGGGCCUCUACUGUUCUGGAACCUUCUGAGUCGACAGGCUCCUGUAGAGAACAGCACACUGCUUGAUGACAGGCUUGUGUGAAUGGACAACAACAACAACCCAUUCAACUGCAAAAUACACAAUACAUAACAGUCAAGAAACAUUUUAUUUGCACAUAUAGUCAUCUGACAUGUUUUGUUUUUUCUUUUAUACAUUUUAUUUUUAACUACAAGUUCAUGAAUGUGUAUAAUUUGGCUUAUUUCCAUCAAACUAAACAUUUUCAAAGAACAUAUGUAUGGUAAGACCUACAGUGAUUCUACAUUUUUAUACUGGAGGUUUGACCAGUGAAUAAUAGUGGAAACUACUGUGAUGUUAGACAUUUUACUAUCUUUCCCCCAUUAAAAUUCCCCCAAAACUG